AAGACUUUAUUUGUAGUGAACUGAUGCAUGAAAUGGUUACAUUUGCUGAGCGAGUACCUAAAUUAGCCAACGGCACUGCUUGGAAAAGAGCUGAAAUAAAAAGGUAUUCUUUUAAUAAAGUUAAUGCAAGCAAAUUACGUUUAUCCGUAUAGGUGGGAUACACUAUGGGCACUACAGUAUAUUGUGUUUCAUAUCCGUCAAUCAUGCAUACAAGCCUGCGAUGAACUAGUGCAAAUGAGAGUCGUUGAGACCAAUUUGCUUGUCACUAUAAAGCGCCGGUUUGAAUAAUCCUUCUGCUCCGAAAGCAUAAAUGUUAUUAAUCUUGUACGUUGCUGGAAAAAUGUUUCAUUUCACAUUUUGUAAUGAUGCAGUGAAGAGGUAAUUUUUUUGGACCAUUUUAAAGGUUGCUUCCUGCUCCACUGAAAGACUCUCUCAAUGUUGAAUCCUGGUGUACUUUAUACAGGUAAUGACAUUGUACCUGAACAAUAUGCACAUGUACAUAGAUCUAAACUUAGAAACCAGCGUGCGCUAAAUACAUUUUCAUUGAGCUGCCAAAACAAAGAAAGCGGUUAUCUUGAUGUUAAACUGGAAGAUAUACACAAUGACGACUGACGAGAGGGAUGAGAGUGGGACUUUUUGACCUUUUUUCGACUGAGAACAGUCCCUUCGUCCUUCGCCUAAUUUGAUGCACGUAAAUAUUAGUCUGAUAUUUUUACUGUGUCUACACGCACACUCUUGGCGGACACUUCGCGAAAUGGUCGGGGGGGGAGGCUAAUAUCGAUUGCCACCUUAUAUUCGUAUCUUUUUUGUUAGCGCGAAUCUCGAUUCUUUAAACCUUUUUGUCUUAAAGUUCUUGCAAAUCUGCUUAAUUUAAAGCCUACCAAUGAUUUCAUGAUUGUAAAGUUAUUAUAAUUUUCCUUUACGCAGUUAUUCAGCCACUCAAAAGCUUUCCGAAAUUUUGGGCGCGGAAGGGGUUGUCCUCCCCUAGUGAGUAGUACCUGUCACUCAUGCUUACGUGGGUUAAUUCAUGAAAUGACGUUCCAAAAUGUGCCAAUUAUUGUGAGAGAAUUUUGGCCUUAUAUCGGCAGGACUAGUGCAUUUUAUUCCUUAGGAAUAUUAAAGUUCAUAUUACUUUUUAAUUUAGCAUUCAUGAUAUAAAAUCAAGCAUAGCAAAGAUACAAACAGUUGGAUUCUCAGAAAAACUGGUAAUACAGUACAUAUAAAAAGGUUCUUGCAUUGAUGGAAAUACAUUUUUCGUUCAUUUAUAUUGCAAAGCUUUUGAUUCGUAAGCCCGGUAUUCAUCAGUGCCAGGGCCGCAGAGAGGGGGGUAGGGGGGGGGCGGGCAAAUUGCCCCGAGGUGCUGGGGGGGCCUGAAAUUUUUUUGUUGGGCCCCAGUCUUUUUUGUGUGUUAAAAUUUUCCGCGUAAAGGACAAGAUAUCUGUUUUUUGGGCUAAGUACCGAAAUUUGGCAUAAAAAAAUGAGAUAAAGUCCCUGGAAAGCAAUUGCAACGUACUCGUCCGGAAAAUUUUUUUACCUAAAAAGUUGUCGACGGGGGGGGGGUUUCUCCGAAUAAAUUUUUUUCCGGAAAAUUUUUUUAGAUAGAAACCCCUAAAAAAAAAUUUGCCCCGGGGCCCCGCCAACCUCUCGGCCGCCCUGAUCAGUGCAACCGUGAACUUAUACGAAUAAAAAAAUGACAACAAAUGUAUUGUUACUGUGUCUGACUGAAAACGGAAAAGAAGUGCAAUUAAUAAAUUUCUUCCGAAUUAUUUUCCAUCAAUAAGUGGGUGGUAAACCGAUAGGUAUCAGACUGAGAGAUUGAUAUAAAAUGUGUUCAUUACAUAAUUAUGUAGUAUCAACGUAGUAGUCUUCUAUUUGUGGCAAAUGAAUAGAAUUGAGAGAUAUAAUUUAAUUUGAGGCAUCUGUUUCCCUGGUUUGUAAAGCUAUCUGAAACCCACUAUUUCCUGAGCUGCAUGGUGCUGCAUUUUUUCACGCCCAUUUGGAAAACGUGAUAAAAGUUUUGCUCGUGCAUGUCACAGACCUAGAACAUCAAACUUACCUGUAUACAGUACAUGGGCUAGCAGCAUUAUAAUUUACUGAAUUACUGUAUUUCUAUUAUGAACAGGAUCUGUUUGGUGUACUCCAGUUAACGCCUGUAAGUUCAGGUUAUUCUGUUGGAAGCUGCAAUUGGAUAAUACAAUCGGAAUACGAGAAGGUGCAACCAUUAAACUGUUAAUCUAUUUUUCCAGUUAUAUUCACAUUUUCAAUUUUAAGAUUAUAUAAUGGCAUUAUUUUGUUCAAUCGUCUUUGUAAAACACAUGCAUGCAUACAUUAUUGGCAUUUACGAUCCCUCAGGCAUGCAGGGGUUUUUUCAGGGAUUUUUUAGGGCCGUUAAACGGCCCCAAAAACUCAAUCUUGAAUUGAGUUUUGAAACUCAAUCUUCUCACCAAAGUUUCAGUGCAGUAAAAAUGAAGUUGUUUGAGUUAAAUUUGUGACGUGUGGAAAUUAGUUUUCAGUUGGAAACCCGACAAUUAAGAAAAAGUGUCACAACACAAGCAAAACUAUGCAUUCGCCAUCUUUAGCCAGUUUAUAGUAUCCCUUAGUGCUCCUGCUUUAACACAUUCCGUCUCAACUACAUUUAUUGAGUACAAGUGUCAGCCCGGGGGGGGGGGGUGCAGCCACCCCCAGCUAUUCAGCUAAACUCAAUCUCUGCAAAAACGGACCCAAGAGAAAAUCCUGAAAAAACCCUGCUCAGGCAUGGUCUCAUUUAAUGAAUCCCGGUCUCAUUUAAUGAAUCUCAUUGUACAGUCCAUUAAUUUUAGCACUUAUGGAUCUAUAAUAGCUAUUUUAAAGUUAUUUUCUAUAUAUUAUUCAUGUAAGAGCAAUAUAUUUUUACAUAUUUAUUUUAGAUAAGUUAUUUAUCAAGCUCUUCAUCGUUUACGACGCAUCCUCUACCUUUUGAACCAAGUUGUUUAAGGGGUAGUGACGUUCUGAUUUUGUCAGGACUGGCGGAGUCACCGACGUCUAAUCCAGAUGUCAUGUUGGGAGAGUUCUGCACAAAUUUAGGUUACUACUCAAUAUUUUAUUUUUGUGUGUGUUUUGGUGUUGUGUACUCAGGUGAAUAUAAUGUUUUUGAUGUUACUCUGAGUGUAUAUCUACACUGUGCAGGCUGAACCAGCCUGACCACGUAGCCUGACCACGGUGGGAAUCGAACCCGCGACUUUUGGGAUACUAGUCCGAAGGUACUAGACUUAGUUCCGAAAUACCACACACUCGAACAGACUUGGCCUCGUAGCUCAUUUGGCAGAGCACUGGACUAGUAUCCCAAAGGUCGCGGGUUCGAUUUCCACCGUGGUCAGGCUCAUAGAGAUUAUAAAUAACACUAGAGGAGGCAUUGUAAUCUUAAUUCAGUAAAAAAAUAGGGAACGCAGCUAUUGGGGGGCAAAUUCAAGUCCCGGAUGUGUAUUCGUGUUCUCAUUGGUGACGAGUUUCAAAUCAGCCAAUGAGAGCACGAUUUUAUAUCCGGGACUUGAAUUUGCCCCCCAUUAGCUGCGUUCCCAAUUUUUAAACUCGAUGCCUCCUCUAGUGUUAUUUAUAAUCUCUAUGGUCAGGCUAACUUUUCAGCCUGCCCGGUGUGGAUAUACACUCAGAGUAACAUAAAAAACAUUACUCAAUAUUUGUUGUGAUUUGUAUUAUAUACGGUGCAUUGGUUAUAAUGCAAAACCCUUCAACAUUAUGUUCUAGCGGAGCCAGAUUCACAAAAUUUAUAAUAUUUACGUCAGUUGUUGAUUAAUCCUAAUCUGCAUGCGAUAGAUUAACCCAGGAAAGGCCAUCUUAAAAUAAAUUCCUGGAUGUCGGGUGGGUAGCGAAGAAUACAAUUUGCGGGCUUGUGUAUGUACAUGUAUGAUGCGACCCCCUGAAAACUAAGAACAAACGUCUAGAAGUUACUAUAACUGCUGUACUAAUUUCCAGACGAAGGGCUUUCGCUCAAAACGUCGACGUGUGUGUGCUUAAUUUUUAGGUGGUUGUAUAUCAUACACACAAGCCCGCAAAUCGUCCUAAUAAACAUACGUUUCAAUUUUGCUGAGACAAUAAGUUAUACAAGGUGUAUCAAAAAAGGUAAUCUAAUUUUGGCAUGUAGUAUCGUGCGUUAAGCCGUUAUAGAUUUACUUUUUUCAUACUUAUAAAGAUCAGGCGUAUUGCGAUAAACUGAUGGCCAAAACUAACUGAUUUCAAGUGGUCUGUCGAAAUCGUAUUUUCCCACCAGUUUUCCAACAUUUCCCCAGAUGCUGCAGGUUGCCUGUAUUUGGGAAACGUGUGGUAUCGCGAGUUCAGUCUGCAAACUUCUAGUUUUGUAACAUUUUUUAACCAAUUCGUAGCCCGAUGUUGAGUGUGUUCUGUCCUCGUGAUUAACUGUAUCGAUUGUGGGGACCAGACUCGAGUAACUUAACGUUGAUCAUGUAAUUGCAAGGUAUAACGUGCGGCGAUUCUUCAACGAUAUCGGUAGAUGACCUAUAAACCGAGCGUCUUGUUUGCUUUUCCGACCACGUUACAGCUACUCAAUACGCCAGGUCUUUUUGUAUGCCGAAUGAGUAAUAAUAGUAGGAUAUAAUUGACCUAUAUAAACCGAGCGUCUUGUUUGCUUUUCCGACCACGUUACAGCUACUCAAUACGCCAGGUCUUUUUCUAUGCCGAAUGAGUAAUAAUAGUAGGAUAUAAUUGAACAGUAAAAUAUUACUCAUGCAUGUAUGGUACUUCAUAUGAUAUGUUUUCUUAUAGCAAAUACAAUCAAAGGUGGAGGAAAUGUUUUAGUGCCGUGUUUUCCCUCUGUAAGUAUAAGUUUUUGCAUGUUAAAAUUAUCAGAAAUAUUUUAGUGCACUUUUUGUUGUAUGCAUGGGAUUGAUUUAUUUUCUAAAUGCUGUGUGCGAUGGUAUGAGCUUCAAUAGCUAGAAAAUAAGAAUGAAUUGAUGAAAAGAUACAUGUAUGAAAGUAUAUCAUUCUCGCUUGAGACAUGUUUAAUUUCUAGUUAUUUUCAUUAAAAAUAUGUCUUAAUUACAGGGUGUUAUUUACGACUUAUUUGAAUGUCUACAAUCCUACAUGGAUAGUGCUGGUCUAACGUUCACACCAAUCUACUUUAUCUCUCCUGUGGCUGACAGUUCUUUGGCUUAUUCUAAUAUUUAUGCUGAAUGGUAGGUUAAUUAACUGCGCGAUAUUUUCUAUUAAUGAUAUAUUGCCAGGUAAUGUGAGCGUACACAGCUUACCAAUAUUUUUUUAAGUUUAAGGAAAUCUUGUUUUCACAUAGAAAUAAAUGCACACGGUGUUUAAUUUUUUUUCUGCCAAUAGAAUCAUGCAGGUUAUAUUGAUGUACAAAUCCUACUGAUUCAUAUUAUGUACAGUACGUUUCAAUAUAAGGAAAGGCAAUGCGUAUUUAUUUUAGGUUGUGUCAGAGUAAGCAGUCCAAAGUGUAUCUUCCAGAGCCACCAUUUCCACACGCAGAGGUAAGCGUAUAGAAAUAUCUAGGUGAGGUGAUCAUAGGUACCGUGAGGUGAGAUAAGGUAAGCUGAGAUUAGGUAAGGUGAGGACCAUGAUUGAGGUGAGGUGAGGUGAGGGUAAGGUAAGCUAGCUGAGAUGAGGUAAGGUGAGAUGAGAUAAGGUAAGGUGAAGACUGUGAUUGAGGUGAGGUAAAGUAAGGUAAGGUGAGAGAAAGUGAAGUGAAGACCGUGAUUGAGGUGAAGACCGUGAUAAGGUGAGGUGAGAUAACGUAAGGUAAGACCGUGAUUGAGGUGAGGUAAAGUAAGGGGAGGGGAGGUGAGAUAAGGUAAGGUGAAGACCGUGAUUGAGGUGAGGUAAAGUAAGGUAAGGUGAGAGAAAGUGAAGUGAAGACCGUGAUUGAGGUGAAGACCGUGAUGAGGUGAGGUGAGAUAACGUAAGGUAAGACCGUGAUUGAGGUGAGGUAAAGUAAGGGGAGGGGAAGUGAGAUAAGGUAAGGUGAAGACCGUGAUUGAGGUGAGGUAAAGUAAGGGGAGGGGAGGUGAGAUAAGGUAAGGUGAAGACCGUGAUUGAGGUGAGGUGAGAUAACGUAAGGUGAAGACCGUGAUUGAGGUGAGGUAAUGUAAGGGGAGGGGAGGUGAGAUAAGGUAAGGUGAAGACCGUGAUUGAGGUGAUGUGAGGUAAAAUAAGGUAAAAUAAGAUCUUGAAGGUGAGGACCGUGAUUGAGGUGAGGUAAAGUAAGGUAACAUAAGGUGAGGUGAGGACCGUGAUUGAGGUGAGGUAAGGUAAAACUAUAUUUUGUAUUUAUUAUAACCGCUCACCACACGUUAUGGAAGAUUUCAAAUUUCAACUCGACGCACAAUUAUUUUGUUUACCCAAAUGGUUUAAAUAAAAGACUUGAUGCUGACCAUCUUUGCAUUCUGAAUUUUGUGUUUAUUUAGCUUGUAAAGAAUGGAAAACUUAAACACUUUCCAAAUCUUCAUGGUAUGUUUCCACAAUGCAUACUGACAUUUUGACCUUGGACUUUCAUGGAUCUUUUUUAUGAUAUACAUGGUGUGAUAACACAUUGUCUGUUGCAGAUGGUUUUAGUAACACAUUCAAGACACCGUGUAUCGUGUUUACUGGUCAUCCAUCCUUGAGAUUUGGUGAUGUCGUUCAUUUUGUUGAAAUGUGGGGCAGUUCAAGUGCCAAUACUAUUAUUUUUACAGGUACACUUUACAUACAGUCUUCGAGAAAUUUUAAGAAUGAAAUCAACGUUCAUAUAUGCAUUUAUAUUAUUUUUGGUAACGACCAGUGGACGGGGGGAGGGGGCAAAUGCAUACUACAACAGUUAGCCGCAGCAGCCAUGAAUAUAAUGCAGCUUGUUCAAGAUUUGUCUUUAAAAGUAUGUUUUUGUUUAAUUAUUUAGAACCAGGUUUCCCGUUCUUAGAUGCUUUGGCUCCUUAUCAACCACUCGCUAUGAAGGUAAAUAAAAUUGUGGAUUUGUGUGCAUUUAUAGUCAAACCUAUAUGUAUAACUGGCCAUCACUGGAUUUUAAAAACUGGCCGCUAUAUUAUUGUUAAAAUAGACCAAUGCAUGGCGUGGUAAAGUAACAAUUCUAAUUCAUAAAAACUGCGUCACAAUAAUUUAUUGAUUAUGUAUUAUGCUACUUCAAGCGAUAUGAACUCGUAUAACCAAAACAGGAGUUUCAAGUCUGGCAUAAAGUUAAAGCAUAGGAACAUGGACUGAUAACUAGUUAGUUAGAUAGGGCAUGUGUCUGUUACAAAUCAGAAUAGAAGAUGACCGCUCAAUACUCAAAAUACCUAUAGCCAUUUUGAAUUGCGAGGAACAUGAAGAUUAUCAUGCAUUUAUCAGGUGAACUGCGUGGUCAAAACCACGGUGUCAAGACAACGAUACGCUGUUAUUGUUUGUUUCAUGAAUUAUUAAGAGGAGAUUUUUUGUAUGUUAUGUAACACGCGCUCAAAACUAAUGCGUAUAAUAUACCACUUGAGGUUAUGACUAAAUUCAAAAUUUUUAUUUUUCGAUACGUUUCUCAAUCGGCAAACAAACUUAAAAAGUAUGUUUAGUGCUUUAUUUGUAAAAUAAUGCUAAAAUGAAGAGAUUUUAGAUGAUAGGCCAAAGAGAAAAUGAUGUCUGAAGUUCAGUAGUUUUGCUUAUAUGGCUGCAAAUAUGGCGUCAGUUUUAAAGCAUCUUUGAUAAUUGUAUUUUAAUUGACAAUUUUUAACUAUUAUUUAUGUUUCUCAACCGGCAGAUGCAUUUAAAAAGGUAGCUAACUGUAUAAACUAGAGAAUAAAGCUAAAACAAAGUAAUUUUGAGAGGAACGCCAAAAAGAUUUUAGGUUUUGAACACUUUUCAUUGCAAAUACGUUACAUUGAAAAAAAUUGCCUCUUAAUUGAAAGUAUAAUUUUUUUUGUGACUGAUAUUGUGAGAAUAAGUCAAGUUUUCCAUCGUUCUAUAUUUCGCCUGGCUGCUGUUUUUUCUCGGUGAACAAGCUAAACCACCAUUAUUUUUUGCCAAAAGUUAAGGUGACAGUUGAAAAUCGUCACAGUUUUUCUAAUUCCACUGAAUAUUUUUUGUGUUUUAGGCUUGUUAUUGUCCAAUUGAUCCCAGGUUGAACUUUGGUCAAGUAAACAAAACAGUGAGAGAGAUGAAGGUGAGUUCUCUACCUGACAGUUAAUUUUCUCAUCUAGUGGUAAGCACCAUGAUAAUGGGACCUAGUCUCGUUUGUGUUUCGCCAUGUUUAGCAACUGUUAUUACUCUUCACGCUUUUGUUCAGUGUAAUUAUCUAUGUACGUUAUGUACAAUAUUGUCAAGUUAUCUACCUGCCAAUGUUAAGUGAAAAUUAAAAAAGAAAAUGAAAUAACGGACCAUCAAGCUACAGGACUUGCUGGAAAAUUUUUCGACAGCAAAAAAAGAUGUACUUCUCGAUGCCCAUCGUCAGGAAAGGAAGACCUAAAUGGAAGAUUUCUACCGUUUGUAUUAAUCGCCGUGGCUAACGCUGAUCUGCAAGCUAGUUAUUUUAAAAUAACAAAAUCCUUUUUUGUAAACUAUUUCAGCCUCGUUUUGUUGUUAUUCCCGAAGAGUAUACAGUUCCUCCACCAAUGCUGCCUCACAGAACAGAUCUUGUAGUUCAGCUAGACAAUGUAAGUACAGUAUAACCUGGUUGCCCGUGUAUAAUUAUACGCUGGGGUAGAGGUUUAUUUCCUUCGCCCCAGCACCUAUCAACUAGUUUAAAUCAAUGUGUUGUGAUUGCUUGUUUGUUACUUGGUAGUAACAAAUGAUAACAAGAUUUCUGGCGCUUUUAAACCAAGAUUCAUUUUGUUAUCCUUGAAGUGAGAAAAACAACGCGAAAAUAGUGAAAGCAUGAAAUGAAAGCAGAUUUAUUGUACAUUUUUUUCGCGCGCAUUGGAGACAUACAUAAGUAUAUUUUGCAAGCGAAACUGCCAAAACAGUUAAGGUAAUACAUAGAAAGCCUUAAAUCGAUCCAAACGUUUAUAGUGUUUCUUGAUAAUUGUAUAAAGUACAAGUUAGUUUAAAAUUCUCGUGACUAUAUGAAACAUAUUUGACAUAUCUUAAGGACAGUCAAGUAUUGCCUAUCAGUUAUCCUCAUGUUAUCGACAUUCCUGUUACUCGAAGUUACGAGAAAGUAUCUCUGUCAAACAAGGUAUGGUAGAAUUGUAUCCAAAGGAUAAUUGUGACGUUAUAAUGUUGUUCUUGGCAUUAUCUAUGGAGUGGGGGUAAAUACAGUAUAAGGUCACAAUUAUCCUUAUAAUUGUGACGUUAUAUUGUUCUUGACAUUGUCUAUACGCAGCGGAGUGAUGGAUUUUUAAAUGAUUUAUCUCAACGAGGGAUCGCACGAUUCAAAGUCAAACCUAGGUUAGUUAUUAUAAUGUUUAUAAUUACUAUAAAUAGAAAACCAGAGUACAUGGAGAAAACCUGUGGUUUAGGCGAAAUUAUUAAAUCGAUAUUACUGCAGCAGUCAAACACAAUUUGCAGAGGUGAAAAGCAUAAAGGAAAUAAUUCACCAUUACUGUAUGUGCCACCAUGCAACACCCUCAAAUGAGCAGCAAAAAAUAACCAUCGUUUAUGGCAUAGUGUUCAAAUAUUGUGAUAGCUUUUGUUACGAAAUAGAGUGUCAUUUUGCAUAAAAACUAAACAGUGCAUGACCUAUAGUAAAAUAGUAUAGAAAUUUAAGCACACUCAUCCGGGUAUGUUUGCUUCCAGCUAGCGACAACAUUGUGUCCCCAAGAAGUGCGAGCUGGUACGGCUGUAGCCAUGGUGAAUGGUACAUUACAGAAUAAGAAUAACAAAUACACACUUCAACCUUUUGAGAGGUACAUUUUAACUCUAUGAUGUGUUUAGUCAAAGUAUAAUACAGAAUACUAUAACUGCAGAGAUCUCUAAGCUACCUCUAUCACAAGAAUUCGGGCGUGGUACGAAUCUACCGGACGAUAUAAUAACAAAAAUGCCGAGUGUCAAAAUGCAAAACGAUCUUUGUAAAUCAUGUAAUAUUGUCCCCCAAACAAUGAUGGACAUGCAUGUUAUUGACCUUGAGUUUAUUGAAGUUUGUUUACGAGAUUACAAUUCAAUGAUAAGACGAUCACGACGUGAGGCAAGCUGCAUGGAAUACGUUUAGCUUAUCCGAGGCAGGUCCAAAGCAGCGACCAAGCUUAUUUAUUAUAUAGUAGAGAGUGAGAUACUGAAAAAUACACAGUGAGAUCUUUUCCAUAUCUUCACUAGUGAAGAUAUCCAUCACGUGACUUUUUUCAAUUUGCUUUUGAGCGUGAAAUUUCACAAAUUUUUCCUUGGGACUAUAUAAUAAACAGAACAUUACACGGUGGCUUGAAGAUAUAUGACUUUUAUCUUCUCGUGUUAAAAACAAUAUUUUACUCGCUGCGCUCGUUCGUAAAAUAAUGUUUUCACCACUCGAAGAUAAAAGUCCUAUCUUCGCGCCGCCGUGUAAUAUCCUAUAUAUAUAAAUUGAAUAACCAAUCUUAAAUUUUUCAACCUGAAUAGAACAAUUAUGUUUGCAACUAUUUAAGUGGAUAAGAUUUAAAUUCAGUCACGCAUAAGAUUUGUGAGAGUUCUUUAAUUUUCACUUAUCCACCAUUUAAGUAGGAUUUGUACAACCAUUCAGUAAUUCAACAUAUUCUUUCCUAUUUUUGUAGAUCGUCAGAAGGGUCAUCAUCCAAUAAGUGUCUAUGUGGCGAUUUAAUGGUUGAUGAAAUGGUUGCAUCUCUUGCAAAAGUAAGAUUGAGGUAUUAUUAUUAUUGUUGUUAAUUUUUAAAAUGUCUUAACCAUGUAUUAUUUGUCUGAUGUCAAGAGAGGAAUAACAGAUGUUGAAGUUGAACAAACACCCAGUGGUCAUACAGUACAUCUGGUGAGUAAACCACCUUCUCUACUAUAUAUUCAAGGUAAUGUUUCACCCGUUUUUCAUGCAGCUUGAUCAUUCCAAGGGAACUUUUUCAGUGACUGCAAACGUUAGAUUUGGUGAAACAGCAAGCCAUAAUGCUCGUUCGCAGAUUAGACAUACAAAUUUGAAAAUACAUUACAGCAGAGAUCUACUGUACCACUAUAUUGUUUACUUUUUGACAGAAUGAUGAUGACGCUGUGGUAACAUUAGAGAAAGGAAGUACACAUAUCAUCACACAUGGCAAUGACCAACUCAGAAAAACCAUUAGAGAUGCAUUGUUGGAUUGUUUAUCACAAAUGUGAUUAAGUUUUGACGAGGGAUGACUUGGUCUUAGAACGAGUGGAAUACGUUGUGCAAUAGGCAUCUUCUGGUAUUGCUGAUGUUUUGAGUUCGUAUGCAACGAACCAGGAACCACACUAAUCAGUACUUCGUAAAGCAAAGGUCAAUUAUUACAAAUACGUUUGGUAUGAACACUUCUUUUGAGGGUUCUGACUGACAAUGUGCAUCAUGGUCGGUGAGAAUGUCAAUGGGCGCUACCCCCCACACCUGUACCAACUCCAGGUCAGCUACUGUACCAGAAUCAAGUGGAGGCAAUCGGUAAUGAAGUAUGUCUAGUGGGUCAAGUACGCUAGUUAAUUAACUGACAAGUACUUAUGGGUCGACCAGACACAAAAUCAAUCAGUUUGCAAUGUCUAUUUUCUUUACACUAAUAAUUUUUUUUUGCCAUCUUUCUCCUACAUUGCACAGACUGACGUUUCUUGGAAGUAGUGAAACAUUGUAUAGUUGUAGCCAAAUGCGUGCUACUAUAAUCAUAUAUAGGCACAAGUCUAAGUUGUAGUGUUGUAUAAAACAGUAAUUGACAAUGGGAUUGUUAUUGCAUGCAAUGUAGAUAGUGGGAAAAAAAGGUAAGAAAUAGAAUAUACGUUUAAAUUCAACAAUGGCGACCAUAAGUGUAUAAAAUUAAACGAUGGCAUCAGGGGCGUGGCGAACGACUCAGGAUUGGGAGGGGGCAUCAUACAACAAUGACCAACGUUUUCAAUGAAAAUGACCAACUUGCUCUUUUCCACGUUGUGCAGUUUCUUUUUAUUGGGGUAAUACGAGAGAGUUCAUGCAAAUCCGCAUAGCCGUGUAAUCUGCACGAUUUUAAUCAUAUGUACUGUAAUCAGCUAACGAUGAAUGUUUAACUAUAAUUAUUAAUAAAAAUACACUCGGUAUAUUUAUUUAAUUAAACUAUAAUUCUUUAAGACUUCUAUAUACAAUAUAGGGAAAUGAUCGUGGCUGCUUGUUAAAAGCGCAGUCCACAGCAUUUGCAGUCUCACGGUUUCGAGUAUCUAUGCACAGGGGCGCACAUCCCAAAACAUUUUUAGGGCGGGGUGUAAAAUAUUUCGGGACCGACUUUUUACGUGUUUACAUUUGGAACUUGGAAGCGACGCGUAUAUCUAGG